GUUGGACGUUCCGUUGACGUCGGCUCAAGAAUCCUAUUUGCAGUGCCAUGCGACAGACGCUACUGCUCCUUGCGGCAGGGUCCGUUGCUGUCGUCCGUGGCUUCCUCGUGCCGCUGCCCGCCACCGCGCCUCCGUGGACGCCCCCAUCGGCGUUGCCGCCCUGUGAGACGCGCAGCGCACUAACGAUUCAAUACGGCAACGUGGUCGUCGGGCGCGCAUCAGAAAUGCCUUACGUGCCCAAGCAACAGGCCGAAGACGCACCAGAGUACACGGUCACCGGCGAUGGCUGGUUCAACGUCAUGAUGGUCGACAUUGAUGCGCCGAGCCCUGCGAAUGCAUCCCAUGCACCGUUCCUGCACUACCUCUUGGCCAACGUCGCCGCGUCGAAGGAGACGCCGACGAUUGUCACGUCGUACUACCCGGUGCUGCCGCCGACGGGAACCCACCGCUACGUGACGCUCUUGCUCGAGCAGCGGCGCUAUGCGGCCCACGCCGAGUUCAGCUUUUACCUCGAGUCGUCGCAUCGGAGCAACUUUGACAUGGCCGGCUACGUCACGCAGCACCACUUGUGCGUCGCCGACACCCAUGUCUUUACAUCAUUGCCAUAACCUCAUGAGCAUCUCCUCACGUUCUGCUUGGCAAAGCGAGAUAGAAGAAGGCAGUGUAUAUCUUUUUCAAUGAUGUGAAAUCAUCCUCCCCCGAAAUCCCCAACUCCGUAAUCCAGUCUAAAUCCGGUCGUGAUGGUCCUA